GAACAUCCAGAACAAGCCGGUGGUCAACCAGGACCCGCAGGCCGCCCAGCUGGCCGCCAUGCAGGACGAGAUUGCCGCCCUGCGGAGCGAGCUGCGGCGAGCGGGCGGGGGCGGCACGCCUGGGCCUGCACCGCCGCGCGCCGAGGGGGACGAG